GGAAAGUAGGGGUUAAUUAUGGGAGGGUGUUUCUCAGAUGUGAAAGGAGCGAAAGAGGCAGUUGGAGGUGUUAAGCAUUCCGCAACAACAAACAACACCAACGACGCUGUCGACUUCUUCUACACGUCUCAAGGUUUUCAGCAAUUGUUCACCCAAAUUCAGGAUCCAUUUCUAAGAAUAUCAAGAAUGGUUGAGAGUGGAGGUUAUGUUCCUAUUUGCAAGACUGAAGUUAUAGACAACAAUUUAAAUCCAAAAUGGAAACCAGUUUGUCUUAAUUUCCAGCAGUUUGGAAGUAAAGAUCAUCCAUUACUUAUUGAGUGUUUUCAUUUCAAUAGCAGUGGCAAUCAUGUACUUAUCGGUAAAAUGCAGAAAUCAGUAGGCGACCUUGAAAAACUAUGCCAAGAGAGAAAAGGCGCAAAUUUUGUGGUGACAUCGAAAAGCAAUGGAAAAGAGAAGGUUUUGAAGGGUCAACUAUUUGUGGAUGAAUAUGUUGAAAAGGAACUAUUCACCUUUAUUGACUACAUAUCUAGUGGAUUUGAAUUGAACUUCAUGGUUGCAGUAGAUUUCACUGCUUCAAACGGAGAUCCUCGACGCUCAGAUUCUUUGCAUUACAUCGAUGCAUCUGGUCGGUUAAAUUCAUAUCAAAAGGCUAUAGUGGAGGUUGGAGAAGUUAUUCAAUUCUAUGAUUCUGAUAAGCGGUUUCCAGCUUGGGGAUUUGGAGGACGGACAAAAGGUUCUGAGAACGUAUCUUACUGUUUUAAUCUCAAUGGGGGUCCACCAAGCAGCUCUGAGGUGGUAGGAGUUGAAGGCAUAAUGGAAGCUUAUGCUAAUACUUUAUAUAGUGUCAUUCUAUCAGGACCAACUUAUUUUGGUCCAGUAGUCAACAUGGCAGCACAAAUGGCUACAGAGUCCCUUUCAUCAUAUAACAACACCAAGUACUAUGUAUUGCUUAUCAUAACGGAUGGAGUUGUUACAGAUCUUCAAGAAUCAAUCAAUGCUGUGGUUCAAGCAUCUGAUCUUCCUCUAUCGAUUCUUAUAGUCGGUGUUGGAAAUGCUGAUUUUACGAGCAUGGAGGUAUUGGAUGGUGAUAGACAACGAUUAAAAAGUUCUACUGGUCUUUUAGCUACGCGAGAUAUAGUGCAAUUUGUACCCAUGAGAGAAGUACAAAGUGGACAUAUAUCUGUUGUGCAAGCUCUUUUGGAAGAACUACCUGAUCAAUUUUUGUCUUUCAUGCGAAGUAGAGAUGUCAAACCACUCACUUCUCAUUUCCCUAAUGCACCAUCUAUUAAAUAGAUUUUACAAUUAGAGGCCACUAAACUUUUUUUCUUUCUAUAGAUAGUUUAUUUACAAAACACCUCAGAUUUUUAGUGGUACUUUUUUUUAUGUUGGGUGAAGAUGAAAUUUUAAUUCUCAACUCUCAUUGGUUGAAA